GGAAAGAAUAUUUUGGACUCUCUCUAUAUAGAUAUAGAUAUAAUUGAGGUAGAGGGAACGAAGAGAAGAUUAUAACGUGGGAAUUUAACCUUCACCAAUAAGAUAAGAAUUCAAAUAGUCAAUCAGAUCAUUCGUAUUUAUUUUACUUUUUCUUAUUCAACAGCUUUUGCAUUAAAGAACUAGUUUGAUUAGACAUGGACCAUAUUCUUAACGUCCUGGGUUAAAACACACCCCAAAAAAAUGUGGAGAGCGGGAAUUGCACUAAGUAAAAAUGAAACGAGUAAUUAAAAAGUAAAAGAAAAUCCGAGCCCUUCUUGUUAUUAUAGGAUGUAUAAUUAUGAAAACACCCUCAGAUAUUUGCCCACAGAUAUAAAUAAGUAUAGGGACACAAAAAUUUAACUGAAACAAAAUGGAAUUAGUUACAGCAUGUUGUUGUGCCAUAACAAUUACUCUGUUUGUUUGUUUAUGGAAAGUACUGAAUUGGGUUUGGUUCAGACCAAAGAAGUUGGAGAAAUUGUUGAGGAAACAAGGGCUAAAUGGGAAUUCAUACAGAUUAUUGUAUGGAGACAUGAAAGAUUUUUCUAAGAUGAUUAAAGAAGCUAAUUCAAAGCCCAUGAAUUUGUCUAAUGAUAUAACUCCAAGAUUGGUACCUUUCUUUCUUGAAACCAUCAAGAAAUAUGGGAAAAAGUCUUUUAUUUGGUUGUGUCCAAAACCACAAGUACUAAUCAUGGAUCCGGAGCUUAUAAAGGAAGUAUUCUCGAAAAAUUAUUUUUAUCAAAAGCCUCAUGGAAAUCCAUUUGCAGCGUUAUUGGUACAAGGACUAGCAGCCUAUGAGGAAGACAAAUGGGCCAAACAUAGAAAAAUUAUCAAUCCCGCUUUCCAUCUAGAGAAGCUAAAGCAUAUGCUUCCAGCUUUUCACUUGAGUUGUAGUGAGAUGUUGAGUAAAUGGGAAGACGCUGUUGAAGGCUCUUGUGAGAUAGAUGUAUGGCCUCACCUUCAGCAAUUAACUUGUGAUGUGAUCUCUCGUACAGCUUUUGGUAGUAGUUACGAAGAAGGUAGAAAGAUUUUUGAACUUCAAAGGGAACAAGCUCAGCAUUUUAUCGACACUGUACGCUCAGUUAAUAUCCCAAGAUGGAGAUUUUUGCCAACAAAGAGGAACAGAAGAAUGAAGGAAAUAAAAAACGAGGUUCGGACCUCAAUGAAAGGUAUUAUCGAUAAAAGAAUGAAGGCAAUGAAAGCAGGUCAUGAUGCCGAUAAUGAGGAUCUGUUAGGCGUAUUGCUUGAAUCAAAUUUCAAAGAAAUUGAACAGCACGGAAACAAGGAUUUUGGAAUGAGCAUCGAAGAAGUCAUCGAAGAAUGCAAGUUAUUCUAUUUUGCUGGCCAAGAAACUAUAGCAGUCUUACUCGUGUGGACUCUGGUGUUGUUAAGUAGGUAUCAAGAUUGGCAGACACAGGCCAGAGAAGAAGUCUUGCAAGUGUUUGGGAGUCGGAAACCAGAUUUUGAUGGAUUAAAUCAUCUAAAAGUUGUAACGAUGAUCUUGUACGAGUCACUAAGGCUAUAUUCCCCAUUAUUUACACAUAACAGACAGGCAAGUGAAGACACAGUAUUAGUAGAAUUGUGUCUACCAGCUGAUGUGCUAGUUUCAUUGCCCACGAUCAUAUUGCAUCAUGACAAAGAUAUAUGGGGUGAAGACGCAAACAAGUUCAAUCCAGAGAGAUUUAGAGAAGGAAUAUCAAGUGCAACAAUGGGUAAAGUUACAUAUUUUCCAUUUUCAUGGGGUCCAAGAAUAUGCAUUGGACAAAAUUUUGCAAUGUUAGAGGCAAAGAUGACUCUCUGUAUGAUCCUACAAAGCUUCUCUUUUGAAUUGUCUCCAUCCUACACACAUGCGCCUCAACCCCUACUUACCAUUCAUCCUCAGUAUGGUGCUCCUCUUAUUUUCCACAAACUAUAAUUUCAUAUUACGUGAGGUAUCUUUCACUUGUACGACUAUACUGGAUAUGUUAUUGUUCAGACAAACUCAAUAACUCUUGUUUAAACCUUUUAUCUGUACCAGAGAAUAAAUAACAUGUUGCAAAUUAUAUACAAA